AGUUGUGCAUUAUUAGUGCGGCGACGGCGACGAGCGUUGCGUUCGUGAAAAGCUGCGCAGACCUUCUUUUGGUGGGCCUGGCAGGCCUUCUACGUCCUUCUUCGGUUGGCAUUACGUAUCAACAAGUCCUGCAACAAGCUGGAAUUUUGCAGACCAAAAAAUGCCCUCCAGUGCUGCCGCCAGCAGCUCCGCCUCCGCCGGCGUCAAGCGGCCGCGACGGGACAGCGCGGAGGAGACCGAGGAAAUUGCCAAAUACGCCUGCGGAUCAAAUGCAAAUAUGUCUGGGUCUGGAAGGUAGCAACUUGUGACGCUGUCUUCGGAUUCGAAAAAGAUCUGUGUUGCAUGACCAGCAAGAGGAGCCGAUUUUUUCCUACGCGGAGGGGGGAUGUGUCAUGCGGAGUAGGCAUCGAGAAGCCCUGCUCAAAAAUUCUGUGACGCUAGGGCAUGCAUCACAGACAUUAUGGCUCAUGCAAAACGUGCAUGACAUUGACAAGUCUCCGAAACUUCCAGACCCAGACACUUUUGCAGUUGAUACUGCGCCGUGUGCAUGGAGGUGGUCACCGACUGCCACUCGUCCACCUGUUGCGGGGCUGUGUUCUGCGGGGAGUGCAAAACCGUAUUGGAGCAGGAGGACCGAAAUUUGUGGCCGGCGGAGGGUCGCCGACCCUGCCCGCACUGUCGAAAGAAGGCACCGUGCUACGUGAAAAACCUGGCGUUUCAUAUUCGCGAGCAAAUAUCACAGCUCCCGCAAUCGGCCAAGGCAAUACUUCUCAUGCAAGACAAUUUGACGCGCUCGUUCUCUUCACUCUAUGUUUUGAGCCUUUAUUUUCUAGUAGUCGUCCACCAUGGGAAUAGUUCAUUGCGCCCUAUAGCAAAUUUUCCCGGCUAGAAGUACCGCACAAUUAGCCAAGAAGUCAUCGUGACUAAUCUGGAAUUGGAUGUUUUUGAAGGAUCGUAGAACCGCGGAGAAAUUGAAAUAUGUAUAAUUACUCAGAAAUCCAACUCCAAGUUGGGGAAGUCAAACUCAAAGUGCUGUAGUAUGAAUGAUGUGGGGGCGUCCUUUUUUUAUUCAGGAUACUGAAGCGCCUCGCAAACGAAGUCGAGGUGGUGUGCCCAGAGGAGCGGUGCGGCGUCAGGUAAAGCAUAUAUGAGAAUUACUACGGUAUUUUUGUUGCCGCGCAAGGAAGUAAAACUAGAACUGCGCGUUCUGUUGCGCAACUCUAGGGACCACACCCUGGUCUUGGUGAGAAAGGCAGCGUAGCGUAGCUGGAGAAUUUAUCUUUAUCUCCCGCACAAAUCUUCAACACCGCCAUGCCCAUCAUGGUUCUUUCCAUUUCGAAAAAGAUAAGCAUAUGAUAAAACAAGAACCAAAACCCUCGUUGCAGGUCGAAAGUUGGUGAGCGCCACUGCGAUUGGUGUCCGUGGGCAACGACCGAGUGUUCGCUGUCUUGGAUGGGCUGUAGGUGGACAGGUCCGCGGAAGAACCUGAAGCAGCACAUGGAGGACUGCCACGCUCCGCGGUGCCGACAGCGACCCUGCUGCCCAGGGAAGCUGCAACAGCUUCCACAGAACGUGUGCGAGACCGUGGGCACCGGCUCUUUCUGCGACACCUGCGGCUGCGCGCCGCGGAAGGACAGCGGCCACACUUGGUACGGCUGCGACGUCGACGACUGCGACUACCUCGAGUGCUCCAGCUGUCUCAUCCACCGCCCGCUGCGCACGAUGCUGCUUGGCGUGGAUGGGCUCGUCCGGGAUAAGGGGGACCUACGGCCGCGGUUUGAAGACGGCGCGGGCGCUUUUUGAAGUGAAGAUGGAUCUUCUGCUUCCGGUGUGAUUAGAGGUACUUAAUAUCUCAACACACGUCCGUGUACUAACUUACCACGCAUAAAGCGGCCUGUAUACGCGACUCAGAGCAGGCCUCGCGGUGAAGAUGAAACAUGGAACUAAACAACUUUUUUGCUGCUCUGCAAAAGAGCCGGUUGUGGAUAUCUAUGCGCGCACGCCUAUCCACACUUGUUUCCUCGUGAAUUAUCGUCUUCUUCCGGACGAUUCAUGGACGACUUGAAGUUUUGAAAUUUUGCUUGUUUUGUUUUCCAUGAAAGAUCAACAAAAACACUUUCAAUUUUGCAGCGAGCUGGAAUCGGCAGAUUUUGUCAUUCCGAAACCAACUAGUGAGACAUGAUUUUUAUUCUGAUAGGCCAUCUAGGUCUUUUUUGUUUUUCGUCGGUGUUCCCGUCCUCCUUGUGUGUGUUGUGCUUUCGUAAGUUGCGCUUUAUCUUCUACUGGAACGCCAACAUCCCAAGCUUUUUUUGUUUUACCCAGCGCAAAGAGAGUUGAGAUUCAGAGGGAGGAUGAAAUCUGAGCACUUGCACAUGAUGAAAUCUUGUGAUCCGAUGCGAUCAGGCAAGAAGCGAGCAUGUACACCGAUCAACUCUCCACUGAUUUAGAGCCUGAAUAAACUUUACAACAUGCCGAGGCAGCUGAUUCGUAGAAGAAGCUGCAAGACCAGUGUUGUAAGCAGUGCUCGGCGUAGUUUAUUUCAAUGAAGCCAACAUCAGAGUUUGAAAAA